UUUUUUUUUUUCCUUUUUCAAAACUUUUAUGCCUUUGACUUGAGUACAUUCACAGUUUUAAUGUCCUUUUGCUGUUGACAUUCCUAACGCGCAUUUCUCACGUAACAUAUUUCAUUCCCGCCCUUGCAUUUGUAAAUUUUUUCUUCUUCACACUCUCCCUUUCACUUAACGACAAUUACGAUUCACAAGCAAAGAAAAAAAAUGUCCACCACAUCUUCCGUUAUGCUUUCCCCACGACAACCUUCACAGAAGCAACUACAACUUCUUCAAUCUCCUGAAGAGGGAAGGCAAUGUGUUCGAUAUACCUUUGGAUAUCAGGAGUCCGAUCAGCAACCACCAUUAUUCAAUGCCUUGCCCCCUUCCCCAACUUCACCUUCCAUUUUUAGCGACUCUUUCCCAUCGCCAACAUCCCCUCGAUUCCCUCCUUCCGCUUCUUCUUCUUCCGCUUCACUCACUCCAGUCAGGACUACUUUUUCUAAAGAUUCAUCACCGAAAAUUGUCUCAACGUCGCUGGCUGUCAUGCAUAGCCCAGCGUCCAUGGAAUCCAUUAAAGCGGGAGUUGCAGCUAUAAAAUUAGCAGAGGCUAAAGCUAACACUGCCACCUCCACUACUCCCACCAUCACAGCGACAACCUCAUUGCCAUCGCCAUCAUCACCACAGGAAAAGGAACAGCGAUCGGCACCUGUGCCUGUUGAUGUGAUUCCAUCCAUUCCCACCUAUCAGAGCAGCUCUAAAACGCUAUGUAGCCCCAACUCUGGUUCUGGCUCUACAGAUCCCAUCUGGAUUCCUUUGUCUGCACCCUCCCUCUCCAUUUCCACUGUAACACAAGCUCCUUCAUCUUCUCUUUCCCCACGUCCAUCGUUAUCGUCCAGGCCCACCAGCCCUGCCUCGGCCCUUUCUCCAAUCCCCGCACCGGGUCCAGUUUAUCUCAAACGUUCGCCUUCUACAUCAAGCUCGUCCGUUUACUCGUCCUCAUCCACUUCCUCACCACGUUCAUUAAGUCGGUGCAGCAGCGUGAGCAGCUCUGUCAGCUUUUCUGGAAGUUUAGAUCAUCGAUCGAUGACGCGCAGCGGCAAUAAUGCUUCUCCUAGGUCGUCACCAUCACCACCAUCACCCUCUACUUCUCCAAGCUGUGACAAGCCUCUUUUACUUGCACAGAUUCCAUCAACACGAGAGCGUCGGCCCUCCACUGCUGAACGCGCUGCAUUCUUAUCUUCAGCCCCUGUCCGUUCUCGAGGUGUAGCUCCAGCACGAUUCAAGGACAUGCCUCCCGUCCCACCUGUUUCUAUUUCCGUUGCUACACCUUCAUCACUGGCCUCUAAUUCGUUACCUUCGCUUUCUACAUUGAACUCACCCCAAAGCUCAUCGUCACUCUCACGUUCGACCAGUAUUAAGUCUCCUUAUUCUCCAUUGACUUUUGGAGGAUGUCUUGAACUGGAGAAGCGCCGAUGCUCGGAUGAUACCACGAGAGGUCAUGGAGUCGCUCCCACUGUUGUCGCCACUACCUUGCCGUCAGCGUUAUAUAUGAAAGGAGUUGAUCAUUACGAUCAUCCUAUGACUCGAUCCUCAUACGAGUCGAACGACAGGAGCAGUACUGAGACAGAUGUAAGCCGCUAUAGAUUAGGCUAUGGCUUGAAGGAUCCAGUGGUUGAGGAUAUUGACCUUAGCCAGACGAAGAAUCACAACGGCUCGACCACGUUCAUCAAAGCUUUGCAGAACAAGAGGAAGAACAAGACGAAGAAGAGCUUUGAAAAUGACAAAGUUGAUGAAAUCAAGCCUGAGAAAAUCAAAAAGGAGCGGAAGUUAUGCUCUGCUUUUUCGAUAUUUAGCUUCUUGAUGAAGAAGUGAAAAAAAAAAAAAAAAAAAAA